GGAUUUUUUUCCAGAAAACCCUUAUAGAAAACAACGGUUAUCAAUUCCAAGAAGUGGAACUAUGUACAGAAGAUGGCUAUUACAUCAGUCUUUACAGAAUACAGAAUGUCCAGAAUCGCACUGACGGUAAAAGGGGAGAACCAGUUUUAAUCGUUCACGGUUUAACACAAAGUAUGGCUGAAUUCAUCAUGGAAAAACAACAACUGGGAUACUUUCUAACAGAUUCUGGAUUUGACGUUUGGAUUGCCAACUGCAGAGGUACGACGUAUUCAAGGAAGCAUCGAUCAUAUGCGGAAAACUCCAAUGAUUACUGGAAUUACAGUUUCCACGAAAUUGGUUACUACGAUAUUCCGAAAUUCAUUGAUUUAAUCCUAGACGAGACGACAUAUAGCAAACUUCACUACAUAGGAGUUUCACAAGGAUGUACAGUACUAUCCGUGCUACUAUCCACUAGAACAGAAUACAACGAAAAAAUUAAAGUAGCAUGUUUUCUAUGUCCUGCUAUGAAGUUCAAGUAUACCAAGCUUUCACUGAUGAAGAUUUUUUUCUUCUAUAUUUCUCCAUUCUUAAAGUGGACGAAUGACUACUUACGUUUACCCCUGCACGGCGAUAUAAUAUGUUAUUUGAUGAGAGUAAUUGGACUAGAGUCCUCAAAAUAUCGAUUGGCUGAUUAUAUAUAUCAACUCUUGUGGACCUACUAUGGAGGACACCUAGCAGGAAAGUCAAUCAGAUCCGUGGAUCUACACAAAGUAUGCCGCACUUCACCUAACACCGUGUCACUGAAGCAGGUUACACAUUUUUCUCAGAUAAUAAGGGAGAAUACAUUCAGAAUGUUUGACUAUGGACCGGAGAAAAAUUUUGAGAAAUACAACAGCAGGACUCCACCGAAUUAUGAUUUAUCGAAAGUUUCUGUACCGAUUGGUUUAUUUUAUUCCAGGAACGAUACUUGUUAUGGGUUACAGGAUAUGGAAGAUUUAUCUAAGGAAUUGGGUAAUUGUGUCCAUCAAUACAUUGUGGAAGAUGACAAGUUCAACCAUUUUGACUUUGUUUAUCAUAAGGAAGCGGUAGAUUUACUGUAUGUUAAGAUCCUGGACUUCAUGAAGAAAUAUUUGCCAGAUCCUUUCCCAACAAGUUGAAUGUGCCCUUCACGUUAGUUCAUUUUUUGUAAUAAAGAUCCAUACUUGACCUAUUGUGAUAUAAUACUUUUAUAUAUUCAACUGAAAAUAUAAUCAAAGUGACUCAUUU